AAUUUUGAUGUAAUAAUUCUCGCAUCUCAAACUAGAUCGAUUGAAGUAAGCAACCAUGGUGGAUUCGUUGGCACCAUUGUUGACCGCCCACCUUGAAGCAGAUGAAGACAGUUCUUCGCCUCUGACUUUCGACAAGAUCCUCGAACAAAGCUUGUCUGAUUUCGGAUUCUCGCAGUUCUUACAGAUAGUUCUCGUUGGGCUCGCUCUAACCUUUGACGCACAGCAGAUAUUCAUCACCGUCUUCACAGAUGCAUAUCCCACGUGGCACUGUCUGGACCACACGAUCUGCAAUCCGGCAACUACCGAUAUCUGUAAGAUUCCCCGGUCAGCUUGGGAGUGGGACGGUGGUUUCAAGGGUAAAUCAGUCAUUUCAGAGUUCGAUCUCGAGUGCUCAAGCUCCUUCCGCAGAAGUCUACCAAGUUCAACUUUUUAUGUGGGUUCUAUCGUUGGAGGAGUCGUCUUGGCUCUGAUCCCUGACGGUUCCUUGGGACGGAAGCAACUUCUUUUCUUCUCGAGUUUUGCAAUGUCCCUCACUGGAAUCUCCAUUUUCUUAUCCUCCAACAUAUGGAUCUACUCUUUCUUAAAAUUCGUGAUCGGUUUCGCCCGUUCCCAGACUGGGACAUACGCGUUAGUUCUGAUAAGUGAGCGAGUUUCCACCAAAUUGAGACCACGAGCUACUAUGAUUCCGUUUACUCUGUUUGUGUUAGGGUUCAUGUCGCUGUCUGGAAUCGCUUACCUUGUCCAGCACGCUUCCUGGAAAAUUCUCUAUCUAUGCACAUCCGUUCCUGCAGGAAUCCACAGUAUUUUCAUCUAUUUCUUUGCCCUAGAGUCCCCGCGUUGGCUCCAUUUGGAAGGGAAGAACGAAGAAGCCAUUGAAGUGCUCAAAAGGAUUUCACCUGCAAACAAAAGUUACUUGGAAUCCGUAUCUUCUAGGUUACCUCCAAAAGAAACACUAGACCAAACUUCAAGCUACUCUAUCAAGGACUUAUUCAUUAGAAAAUGGGCUUUUCAAAGAGUCACACUUGUUAUGAUCAUAAUGUUUGGGUUGGGAAUGUCGUAUUAUGGAGUUCCAUUAGCGGUUAGAGACAUAAAAGUGAACAUUUAUUUGAGCGAAGCCCUAAACGCCAUGGUGGAGUUACCAACAUUUGUUGUUACACCGAUCUUGCUCGAGAAAUUCAGCAGGAGAAGCUCUGUUCUUGUAAAUUGCUUAAUUGGAGGAGCAUCAGGAGUGCUCUGUUUCCUCAUGAGCCUUUACGGGAGAACAAAAAUCGCUUUUGCUCUCGAACUCGGUUCUUUCUUCUGCGCUAGGAUUGGAUUCAAUUUAAUGGCGGUUUAUAUGGUUGAGCUAUUCCCUACAUGUGUGAGGAAUAGCGCAACAAUGAUGCUUAGACAAGCGCUUGUGGUUGGAGGAGCUUGUUGCCCACUUAUUGCUUCGCUUGGAAGAAAUAUUCCGUCACUCUCUUUCGCGGUUUUCGGAUUUGCAAUGUCGGGUCUCGGGUUAUUCGCGCUGCUUCUUCCUGAGACCAAAGGGUCAAGUCUUUGUGAUACAAUGGAAGAACAAGAGCAAAGAGACCAAGCCUUGAAGACUAGCCAAAGUUGCUGAAAACAGAGUUUUUGAAAAACCUCUGUUCUUUUAUUAAACUUUCGUAUAAAUUUUUCACUGAACAGAACCAUUUAGUUCCAGUUUACCGUUAAGCUCCGGUUAAUCAAGCCAUAUGUUGAUU